CGUUUACAACCACUGUUCAACUCUGUAUCCGAGUCAAAGCGUAUAGCACUCAACGGAAUCAUUCCUCUAUACUCUGAACACAGACAAGAUGCCUGAGAACUCUUCAAGCAGCAACGGUGGCUACACCUACAAGUCUUCCGGCACCAACAGCCAGGGAAACCAUUACUGUGCUCGUGAUUAUGGCUCUUCCGCUGCCAACUCCAAUUCUUACCAUUACUCCAACAUCAAUGGAUCGUACUACUACAGCAACGCAAACGGAAGUACUUACUACAACAAUGGCCGAGGUGGCUCCACCUACACUCCGCCCAGCGGAAAGAAAUAGAUGGGUUCCCUAAGUGGCUAUACCGCUUGAUGGCCUUCCGGAUCAUUUGACAUGAGCAAGAC